GUGACGCCAUAACCCCACGCCGCAGCAUUCCGUCUCCUUGGCGACCUGCUUCCUUUGCGCAAGGCCUAUAGACCUUGUGCUGGCCCACGGAAUGACCGGGCGCCGGAGCCGGACGGGCCCGCUGCAGACCGCGUUGUGUCGGGGCCGAGAGCUGCGGGAGCAGGUGGGUGCUUUGCUUCAAGAAAGCAAGGAAGCAGGGGCUCUUGACUCUGAAAAAAAGAAAAACCUUAGUCAGAGAUGCUUGGAGCUGAAGAAGUCUGUUGAUGAAAAUUCCUCUGCUGUUCAGAACCUGAAGAAAUCAGAUGAGCCUGCCCCUGUGGGAAAUUAUAAUCAGAAAAAAGAUGAAGAAGGAAAGGAACUGUUAAACCUUUCUCAGCAGCUGGAGAAUCUUGCUGCAAUCCUUAGCCGGGAAAAUGUGACCAAGGACUCCAGCAUAGAUACAAAAAGGAAAGGCAGCCCAAAAACACAGCAGGAAAAUGAGGAAACGGAAGAAGAUGAUGAUGAUGAAGAAGAAGAAAGUACACAAGAUGAUGACGAAGAAGAAGAUGAGGAGGAGGAGGAGGAGGAGGAGGAGGAAGAGGAAGACAACUACAAGGAUCAUAAUGAAGACAAACCAGGAGUUGAUUCAGCUAUUACACAUUUUAUCACUCUUGGUGAUUUUGCUGCACAGCAAGAAGGGGAUCUGACAUUUAAAAAAGGUGAAGUUCUUCUCAUCUUUGAUAAAAAGCCUGAUGGUUGGUGGCUGGCUAAAAAUUCCAAAGGGGAGAGGGGCCUUGUGCCUAAAACCUAUCUUAUGAUGAAAGGCACGGAAGGAGAGGACCAAGAACCAAGUGAAGAGGAAAGUGAGGAAGAUAUAGAGGUGGCAGAUGAGACAGAAGGAGGAGCCAAAAUUCUGAAAAGAACAGAUUCGCACUGGAGUGCAGUUAAAAAGGCCAUCACGGAGAAUAAUACUUUGGAUGCAUUGACAACUAUGGGAGCUGUUCCUGCAGGAUUCCGACCUUCAACACUUGCACAACUCUUGGAAGAAGGAGUUCAGUUUCGAGCUUCUUACUUUCUACAACCUGAGCUCACACCUUCCAAUCUUUCUUUCCGAGAUCUAGUGUGGAACCCUGAAAAAGGCACUAUUCAGUCAAGGCCAACUCGGCUAUCACUGGUUGUGACCCUGUGGAAUUGUAAAGGGAUCCCUUUUCCUGGGCUGAGCAUACAGGUUCUCAGUAGACAUGUUCGACUUUGCCUUUUUGAUGGUAACAGAAUCCUGAGUAAUAUUCAUACAGUUAGAGCUACGUCGCAACCCAAAAAUCCCAAAACAUGGACUUUUUCUCCACGGGUCACUGGCAUCUUACCUUGCCUGCUUGAUGGUGAUUGUUUUAUCAGGUCCAAUUCUCCAUCUCCAGACAUAGGGAUAUUAUUUGAACUUGGGAUCACUUAUAUUCGCAAUUCAACAGGUGAGAGAGGCGAAUUAAGCUGUGGCUGGGCAUUUCUAAAACUUUUUGACUCAAGUGGACUUCCAGUUUCCUCCAAAACAUAUGAGCUGCUUUUGAAUGGUGGGACUCCUUAUGAAAAAGGGGUUGAAGUAGACCCAUCCAUUUCAAGAAGAGCCAGCAGUAGUGUUUUCCAUAAUAUGAUAGCGCUGAGGAAGCAGCCUCAACUUCUAGUGAAACUGAGGUCGUUAAGCACACAAUCCAAAGGCGUACUGAAUCUACUACCAGAAGUAUUAAUUGGCAGCAUGUGCUGUAUACACCUUUUACUGUUUUAUCGUCAGAUUCUUGGUGAUGUGCUCCUCCGGGACAGACUAAACACGCAAAAUGCGGAUUUGAUUUGCAAUCCACUUUUGGCAACUUUCCCGAAACUCAUGGAGCAGCCUGAUCUUAUGGACGCGCUCAGGAGUGCCUGGGCAGAGAAGGAAAGCACACUAAAGAGAUCUGAAAAGAGGGAUCAGGAAUUUCUGAAGUCAGUAUUCAUCCUGGUGUACCACGAUUCCGUCUUCCCCCUUCUGCAAUCUGUGUUCCUUCCAGAGUACAGGUGGGCAGAAGAAGAAUCUGAAGGCACUCGCUGGCGAAUGAUUGCUGAUUUCCUAAAGAAAAACCGGGAAGGAGAUGGCGCUCUCUCCUCUCUGCUGUCAUCAGAAAGCCUUCACAAAGCUUUUGAUAUCACAGAAAUAGCAUAUGACUUUCUAGGAGAGGCUAGGAAGAGCAAUCCUUUAGUAUGAAUGGACUUUUAAGAUCCUGCACCUCUCCCAAUUGCCAUGCCAACACAAGUCAAUUAAACAUAAUUAAUGUUCUGGCCAAAAAAAGUCAUAUUUCUAUAGUUUGGAUUUACUAUUUGCAUAUCAGUUUUAUAAAUGGAUUGUACUGGUAUUCUACCUUUUUUGUAUUCAGAUAUCAUGUUGGUUAGGCUACAUGUUAUUAUUUAAAUAAAGUAUGUAAACAUA